GUGUUCGCACACUUCAGCAUCUUGUGAGUUUGGAAACGUCAUUUUAAAAACUAUUUCAUUCAAUCCACACUACACAGAAACAAAUUGUAUUGCUGUUGUCCUGUUAUUUCUGCCUCGAUGAAAUUGUUGGAAACAUAGACCGCAGUCAUCGUAACGAGUAUCAUAAAAUGGGGGUGGUUACCCAUGGUGCUUUGUUGACCUCGGCUGUGGCGAUUCUGGUCUGCCAAGUUCAAGGUAACGGUCGAAUGCUGGAGCCCCCGUCCAGAGCCUCGAUGUGGAGAGCUGGGUUCUUAACCACACCAAACUUUAACGACAACAGGGUCAACUGUGGGGGAAAUAAAGUUCUGCACGAAAUAAACGGCGGGAAAUGCGGCGUUUGCGGAGACCCGUGGAACGGGCCCAGGGAACACGAGCCGGGAGGGCUUUUCGCCACAGGAGCCAUCACGCGCAAGUACAGGACUAACGACACAAUCUUCGUGGUUAUCGAGCUGACGAAAAACAACCUGGGGUGGUUUGAGUUCCGGCUGUGUGAGUCUGACGACGCCAUGGAGGAGAAGACCCACGAGUGUCUGAACAAGCAUCUGCUGGAGGACGUCUUGGGCGAUUCUCGGUUUGACGUGCCUUUCCCGGAGUACGUGAACAGCAAGCUCCUGCAGUUCUCGCUCGUCAUCCCCGAGGGCGUCAGGUGCAGGGCGUGCAUGCUGCAGUGGAAGUACCACGCCGGGAACAGCUGGGGGGUGGGGCCGGACGGGGUGGGCUGCGUGGGCUGCGGAGACCAGGACCAGUACCACGCAUGCGCCGACAUCGCCAUAGGGUACGAUGACGUCGAGCUGGGCAAGACGGAUCGACCUGUGGUCAAUAUAUGGACCACCACUAGCCCGCCCACUACCACACCCGAGUGUGACUGUGAGUGUUGACACCUCCAGUCUACCAUGAGACGACCACCAGACAACCACCAGACGACCAUCAGACGACCAUCAGACGACCAUCAGACGACCAUUGGACAACUAUCGAAACUAAACUCUUCGGAGCUUCUAGCAUGUUAUUUUAAAUUAUUGUUGAAUGAAUGCGUGCUAAAAGAAAUAAAAUUAAAUAUCAUGGGAAGAAAAAGAAGAACAAGAAGAAGAUCUUUUAAAAGUCCCUCAUGAGAUAACUCUGAAACAGAAAUUCUCCUGACUCACCUGUUGGAACCAACUGCCGGGUUUUAGACUGACCUUUCGUUACCUGAACAGAACGAGCGAUGACCUCGCAUACACUAAAAAAAUAUUUUACAUUCUGUUUUAUUGCUAUUGUAGUUUUUAUUUUUAUAAAACCAUUUUAAGAUUACAGUUAAUAAAAUGUAAUUUGAGUU